AUGGUUUUUAAUGGCGCAAAUUCACUGCCACCACAUUCCAAAGCGGCUAAUAAUCGUACCAAUUUGGCCGUAGGUAUAGUGUAUAUGUCUAAAGAAUUUAACUGGGAUUCAACUACAGAAGGUUUGGUUCUAUCUGCCUUUUUCGUUGGAUAUUUUACGACUCAGGUUAUUGGAGGUGCAUUGGCAGAUAAAUUUGGAGGGAAAAUAGUUCUCGGAACGGCGGCUUCUUGUUGGAGUGCCUUUACAUUUCUCACACCUCCCGCAGCAAAACACGGACUAUAUACCUUAGUAUUAUGUCGUGUCUUAUUGGGGGUCGGUGAAGGUGCGGCUUUCCCGAGUGUUCAUUCAAUCAUUUCUUCGUGGGCUCCAAUAGAAGAACGUUCUCGCAUGGUAGGAAUAACGACUUCGAUAGGUUAUUUCGGCAGUGUAAUUGCUUUACCUCUUUCUACAUGGUUAGGCUCAGGUCCGGGUGGUUGGGAAAGUAUAUUCUACUUUUUCGGCAUGGCAGGUGGCGUUUGGGUGAUUUUUUGGAUAAUUUGGGCUCAAAAUAGUCCAGCAGAAUAUCAAGGAAUUACCAUAGAAGAAAUUAAUUUGAUAAAUAAUGGGAAACCAUCAACACAAAGGAUAAAAUAUCAGCAAUUGGAAGAAAGCCAAACGGGGAUUCAGGCGGAAGUUGAGAAUCCUAGUGAUAUAAUAGUAACAGGAGAAACGAGUAGUUUAUUACCUAAAAAACGUCAAUACGAAACUAAAAUUAUUCCAUGGAGUCGUAUUUUAAAAAGUCAUGAGGUUUGGGCUAUCUUAAUCGCCCAGUUCUGCAGCGGUUUUGGGUUUUUUAUCAUUCUUACUUGGUUACCUACUUUCUUUGAAGAUCAUUUCGAUGUCGAAGUUAAGAAAUUAGGAUACUUUGCGGUACUACCAUAUAUUGUUCAAGGCGUGGUCGGAUGUUUUGUGGGUAUUAUCGGAGAUUUCGCUAUUAAUAAAAUUGGUUUGAGAGUAAUCACGGUGCGACGACUUGCACAGUUAUUUGGAAGUUUAGCAAUUGCUGUUUUUCUAUUAUUGACUACAUUUCAAGCGACCACUAUUACGCAAGGUAUCUUUUAUAUCGCGUGUGGUAUGGGUUUAAAUGCGCUUACACUUAUUGGGACGCAAGUGUCUCAGCUUGACAUCGCUCCACGUUACGCCGGUACAAUCUAUAGUCUUGGCAACACGAUGGCAACCAUCCCUGGAUUUUUUGGCGUUGCAUUGACUGGCUGGAUAUUGGAUACUACCGGUCAUAAUUGGGGUAUUAUUUGGUCGAUUUGCGCGUUUUUUUACGUAAUUGGCGGAUUUUGGUUCUCGUUCUGGGUUGGUGGUGAAGUGGUGAUUGAAUAG